AAUAGUGGCAUCCAAUAAUGGACAGACACGUCCCCAAAUUGCAGCUGAUUUUUACUUUAUUGGCACUGUCAGGAUUUAUACUUCUUAUUACCAACAUCACUUUUCUGGAGGAUUUUAAUGAUCAACUAAUGUCAGCCUUCUACAAAAUACAGAGCAGCAUCCAAUUAGCCUUUAAGGAACCUGAAAACUCGCAGCCCUUGACUUUAAGCAACACAUAUUGUGCACAGUUUGGCCAGAAGCCCACAGCAGAAGAGGCCAAAGAAGAGAGAAAUCUGCUCAAUUCCAUUGCAUGGCCAGGUCCCCUGGUGCAAGACUUGCCUGUGGAGUUCAGCACCAACCCUGCCAUGAGCUACUUUGUGAUUCAGGGGCCAACAGAGCAGCAUAUGGGUGGUCAGCUUGUGGUUCAUGUCCAUGUGCAGAACUUCUUGGGCAUGCCUAAGAAGCAUGGGGAAGAUUUUUUGAUAGCUCGGCUGCAUUCACCAGAGCUGGGUGCUGGAGUUGCAGGCAAGGUGCAUGACCAUCAAGAUGGGAACUAUACUGUAAUAUUCCCAUUGUUGUGGGCUGGAGUAGCAUGGGUGGAAAUCACCAUGGUGCACCCGAGUGAGGCAGUGGUGGUGCUUAAGAGGUUGCAGAAGGAGCGCCCAGACAGAGUGUUUUUUAAAAGCCUGUUCCAUUCUGGUGCUAUUUCCGAGACCACUAUGUGCAAUCUGUGCCUUCCCCUGAACGAGCAACCACUCUGCAACUAUACUGAUCCUGUAACUGAAGAGCCCUGGUACUGCUACAAACCAAAACAAUUGGGAUGCGACACACGAAUAAAUCAUUUUAAAGGGGGCUAUGUAAAGAACCUCGUGACUAAAUAUGAAGCACAGUUUUUCCAAAGCAAAGUAAAUAUCAAAAUUCCUAUUCCCGCAUCAGUGAUGGCCUGUGUCAAUGUGUUACUUCCAGAAAAUGGAAAAACUAAUAUUAAAAGUAUUUACAAUGCUGCUGGCUACUACUUUAAUAAUACCUGGAUGCCUUUGAGUGAUGUAGACAUCCGGCAGUUUAAUGACGCAUCAGCCAUAACACAGUGCCUUAAAGGGAAGAUUGUGUAUAUGUUUGGCGAUUCCACCAUGCGUCAAUGGUUUGAGUACCUCACUGCCAUGGUUCCUGGCUUGAAACAGUUAAAUCUUUACAGCCUUCAGCAGGUGGGACCACUCAUGGCUGUGGACAGCAAUAACAACAUUCUGGUGCACUACCGUUGUCAUGGGCCCCCAAUCCGCUUCAACACAGUGUUUUCUUCUGAACUGCACUACAUAGCAAAUGAGCUAGACAGGCUCAAGGGUGGGCCUCACAUGGUGGUUCUCAUAAGUGUGUGGUCUCACUUUAGCACUUUCUCUGAUGAAAUAUAUAUACGGCGCCUGCGGCAUAUCCGCAGGGCCGUAGUGCGGCUGCUGAACCGUAGACCAGAUACACUGGUGGUGAUCCGCACUGCCAACCUGCAAAAGAUUGACCCAAAGAUUAGCCUGUAUAAUAGUGACUGGUUCUCUCUGCAAAAGGAUGCUUUGUUACGUGCCAUGUUCAAAGGACUCCAUGUGCAGCUGCUAGAUGCCUGGGAGAUGACUCUUGCCCACCAUCUCCCCCAUGAUUUACACCCACCUCGUGCCAUUAUCAGACAUAUGAUGGACAUGGUCCUUUCACGUAUCUGUCCAGUUAAAAAAAUAUAAAAAUGUAUAAAAAUAUUUUGUAUUAGAUGUCAGUAAAUUAACAUAUU